GGUGACCAGUAGAAAGCUCCUCCCCUCACCCCCACUCUCCAUUCACAAACUCUGGGGUUCUCUUGGCUUUUCCGCGCACGUGGUCUGGGGCCUCGGAUAGCGGAUGCGCAACUGGGGAAUCCCUGAGACCCCAGGGUGCGUGCGGAGUAACUGGGGCCCCUCCCCAUUCCGGCAACCAGAAGCCCCGGGGCCUUGUGACCGGCUAUUUCACGUGGCAUUCGGAGAGAGAAGCACACCAGCUGCCCCGUGGACCCUCUGCUGGCGAGCAAGCGGGGUUCCCGGCCGGGACCGACGAGCUGAGUAUUUCCUGCCAGCUCUGAGCCGUGCAGAUGGUGCAACCCGGCCCCACUGCUUGCAUCGGGUGCCCCGCGGCUCUGUGGGUUGGCAGGAGGUGGAAAGAGUCGGGGGCGCAGAGGACAGGAUGUGGGUUUUAGUUUCCCUGCCAGCAGACCACCCCACACACACCUCUUCCCCAGGGACUGCUAAAGCUCUACCCUCCCGUCUCCAUUGCUCUGGAAACCACCUCCACAGCCUGUUGCCUCAACCCUGCCAACUCGCCUCUUCCUCCCUGACUGGGGUAUCAGUUUAUGGAACCCUGCUGGAAGACUCUUUUGUUGCUUUGGGUGAGGAGGUUCUGGAACCUCAGUGGACCACCCCUGAGUUCCAGAGACACAGGCUUCUGGAAGACAAACUUUGCCCUGUGGCUUUGCAGAGUGGUUCAUGGGUUGAGGUGGAGGAAAAUUCUGAGCCUCUGCAGAGAUGUGGUCAGCUGGCCAGGACGGCCAUCCGGUGCCAGCACAGUGAGGCGGCCCAGACCCAGACUGGAGACAGAACCAGAGGCUGGACAGGCCAGGAGAACCUGUCAGACAGUGACCCUGAGAUGUGGGAGCUGCUGCGGAGGGAGAAGGACAGGCAGUGUCGGGGCCUGGAGCUCAUUGCCUCAGAGAACUUCUGCAGCCGAGCUGCGCUGGAGGCCCUGGGGUCCUGUCUGAACAACAAGUACUCGGAGGGUUAUCCUGGCAAGAGAUACUAUGGGGGAGCAGAGGUAGUGGAUGAAAUCGAGCUGCUAUGUCAGCGCCGGGCCUUGGAGGCCUUUGACCUGGAUCCUGCACAGUGGGGAGUCAAUGUCCAGCCCUACUCGGGGUCCCCAGCCAAUCUGGCCGCCUACACAGCCCUUCUGCAGCCUCACGACCGAAUCAUGGGACUGGACCUGCCCGACGGGGGCCACCUCACCCAUGGCUACAUGACUGAUGUCAAGCGGAUCUCAGCCACAUCCAUCUUCUUCGAGUCUAUGCCCUAUAAGCUGGAUCCCAAAACCGGCCUUAUUGACUAUGACCAGCUGGCACUGACUGCUCGACUUUUCCGGCCGCGGCUCAUUAUCGCUGGUACCAGUGCCUACGCCCGCCUCAUUGACUACGCCCGAAUGAGAGAGGUAUGUGAUGAGGUCAAGGCACACCUGCUGGCAGACAUGGCCCACAUCAGUGGCCUGGUGGCUGCCAAGGUGAUCCCCUCUCCUUUCAAGCAUGCGGAUGUUGUCACCACCACCACUCACAAGACCCUUCGAGGGGCCAGGUCAGGACUCAUCUUCUACCGGAAGGGGGUGCGGACUGUAGACCCCAAGACUGGCCGGGAGAUCCCUUACACAUUUGAGGACCGAAUCAACUUUGCUGUGUUCCCAUCCCUUCAGGGGGGCCCCCACAACCAUGCCAUUGCUGCAGUGGCUGUGGCCCUAAAGCAGGCCUGCACCCCCAUGUUCCGGGAGUACUCCCUGCAGGUUCUGAAGAACGCUCGGGCCAUGGCUGAUGCCCUCCUUGAGCGCGGCUACUCGCUGGUGUCCGGUGGCACUGACAACCACCUGGUGCUGGUGGACCUGCGGCCCAAGGGCCUGGAUGGCGCUCGAGCGGAGCGGGUCCUGGAGCUUGUGUCCAUCACGGCCAACAAGAACACGUGUCCUGGAGACCGAAGUGCCCUCACGCCUGGGGGCCUGCGGCUUGGGGCCCCAGCCUUGACCUCUCGACAGUUCCGUGAGGAUGACUUCCGGAGAGUUGUGGACUUUAUAGAUGAAGGCGUCAGCAUCGGCUUGGAGGUGAAGAGCAAGACGGCCAAACUCCAGGAUUUCAAAUCCUUCCUGCUCAAGGACCCAGAAACAAGUCAUCGGCUGGCCGACCUCAGGCAGCGAGUGGAGCAGUUUGCCAGGGCCUUCCCCAUGCCUGGUUUUGAUGAGCACUGAAAGAAACGAGGCCCACAGACUGACAUGUGUUCCCCUUCCCCUGCCUGGACCAGUGGAGGGCAAUGCCUGUUUCCAGUUUUUUACUGGGGGAGGGAAGGUCUCCCGCUUGGGGCGGGAGCCAGGUAGAGUUCCCCUUCCCGGAAUUUGUAGCUGAAAAGAUUUCUUUUUGUAACAAGACUUAGAAGGAGGAGGCCUGGGGCUUUCUGCCCUACCCUCUCCCGUUAUCUCAGUGUUAUAGACUCCCCAGUCUUCUUAGAAAGGGGGAUUACUCUUGUGAGCCAGAGGAAGGGCUGGGUAGGCACCCUCAUUUCUGUUUUUAGCUAAUAAAAUGCUCCCCUGCUCUGA